AUGGGAUUAAACCAACCUCAGCUUGCGGCCUCGGUAGGAAAGCCGAAUGCCUUCGGGAAGGCAGAAGACUUCUUCAUAUGUGAGAGCCUCGACUGCCAAUUUCUAUCCACCCCCCUUCUCCCCCCGGCGCACUACGCCUGUCGUGUCGAAGAUCACUGCUUCAGACUCGCAGGGAAUCAAGGUAGGAGAUGCAAGAAGCCGGCGCGGAUCUCCGGAGACGUGAACCUCUAUGAUUGA